AAUGUCGCUGUCGAAGCCCAUUUACAAUUUAAUUGGCACCUACUUUGAGCAAUUGUUCAAUCAUCCAAUCAGGACAAAAUCGCUUACGAGCUGUGUCAUCGCCACCACGGGCAAUAUUGUGUCUCAGAAGAUUUCCGGGAGCGGCAAAAUUAAUCCACAGAGCGCCUGCGCUUACGGAUUGUUUGGAUUGAUCUUUGGAGGAACUCUCCCGCACUAUUUCUACGUGUUCGUGGACCGAAUAGUUUCCGAUGAGCUAAGAUUCCGGAAAUUCUAUCAAUUUGUACUGGAACGCCUUACCUUCACGCCCUUCUUCCAGCUGUGCUCCCUCUAUUUCCUGUCGCGCUUCGAGGGAAAGACCCAUGAAGUGGCCUUUGCCAAUCUCUACAAACUCUACUGGCCAGUUUUGCAGGCAAACUGGAAGUACCUGACGCUGUUUUCAUUCUUCAACAUCAUAUUCCUGCCACCUUUCUUGCGUGUCUUUGCUGCCAAUAUCAUUGGUUUCUUCUGGAUUAUCUUCCUGGCCAACAAGAGGCGCCGGGCAGCUAAGAAGACUGAGUGAUCAACAAUCAACAUCAAUCACAAAUGUGGCAUUUUAUUUUCUCUAUACUCUUCUGUAUUCCAUUAUUUUUAUAUUUUUACUUUUUUUAUGCUUUGAAGAGAGAGCAACUCUGGAGCAUUUCUUGGGGUUGGUGACUGUGGGAUUAUUUUUUAUUGUAAAAUCAUGCCUUUUUAUGGAAAUAAAUGUUAAUGAUUAAGGGAAUAAAUACA